AUGCCGAAAUUCGCGCUUCAGCUGCAGGCGCAGUUCACCAACGUCACCUCGCUCCUCCCCGGCGAUGGCGACUACACGCUGAUGGUCAAGACCAAGUGCACCUCGUGCCACGAGGUGCACCCCAAGCUCAUCGGAAUCACGCCGUCGGACGAAAAGGAGCUCCAGAAGGGAAGGGACACCGCCAACCUGGUGAUGAAGUGCAACUUCUGCAAGAAGGAGGCGUCAGCCAAGUUCGACGAGCCGACUUCCAAGGCGCCGCUGUACCGUCCCAUCGAGGCCAACGAGGACUCGGGCGCCGAGUUUCAGACGCUGUGCGUGCUCGAGUUCCGCGGCCUGGAGCCCGUCGAGUUUGUCCCUCAGGGAACAUGGACGUGCAAGGGCCUCUCGUCCGGUACCGUUUUUGACGCCGUCGAAUUCGACGACGGAAAGGAAUGGAUGGACUACGACGAAAAGGCAGGAGACGAAGUGAGCAUCAUGGAGCUCGAAUCGAGGUGGCAACGCGCCUGA